AUGUAUGUCUUUGCAGGAUUCCUCCUUGCAUCCCUGCUGGGGUUUGAGGCGACAUCUGCCUCGAAAAUUAUCGCGGUCAAGGAUACUCCUCUCCUCGGACCAUCCUUCCUUACCAACUUCGAUCUCAGCAACUCAAGUGCUCUCAACAAGGCAAAGAAGGACCUAUCGUGUCAAAUUGAGCGUCUCUUUUCCAAUGGCGAGUUAAACCGCACCGACGUGGCGUUUCACAUCGACGUGUUCUCGGCUGCGACCAAUAAAUCGAUAUACUCCUACUCGCAUGUAGGAAAAUUCUCUGAGAAAGCCUUGACAGCGGGUGUGUUUGACGAUCAAACCAUCUCCCGAAUCGGAAGCGUCUCGAAGCUUUUCACAGCAUAUGCCAUCAUUGCAAAAGGUGGAAUUGAAGUGUUGGCUCAGCCUGUGGUGAAAUACUUGCCCGAGCUCGCGGGAAACACUUCGGUCAACCCAUUGGAGAGAAUCGAUUGGGAAAAUAUUAGUGUCGGCACAGUUCUUGCACAGCAGGCAGGGACUGGUGGACCUCAAGAAUUCAUUGUAAAGUACUCUAAUGAGAAACACCCGUUCUCGUACUCGAGCGAUGAUCUCUUCAAGUAUAUGCGUGAUGAAAAGAGGCCGGUCAUAUCUCCCUAUUGGGCGCCAGUCUACUCCGACAUCGGGUAUGCUCUGAUGGGCCAGGUCCUGGCUCGCCUCGCGAACAAAACAACGUACUCAGAAGCUAUCCCGGACGUUCUGUUUAAGCCACUUGGCUUGCAGAACUCGUCGACCGCAGCCCCGAAACCCCAAGAUGGCCUGAACGCAUUGAAUCGCUCCCGUGUCGCACCUACUUCUUUAUGGGCGGUAGACUUUGAAAUUGUCGCAUCCUCGGGAGGUAUCUACGCCAACGCGGCUGAUCUCCGUCGCACCGGUCUGUCAAUCCUGAAUUCAGAAUUAUUAUCACCUGCCGAAAUCUCCGAGUGGAUGAAGCCGCGAGGUGGCACUGGCUCCCUAGUCGAACUUGUCGGUGCACCGUGGGAGAUUGAGCGAUUGGAGAUCCCUGCCUCACCUGGCUCAAACCGGACUCGAAUCUCGGACCUCUACACCAAAGCUGGAGGCAACGGGGACUUUUCCGCUCUCCUUGCCCUCUCCCCAGACCACGGCAUUGGCUUUUCCAUCCUGAUCGGUGGUACGACCUCCGAUCAAGCCCGCUGGGUCCUUCGUGAAGCCAUCGGCGAAAUCUUCAUUCCUGCUGCAGAACUGGCGGCUUGGGAGAACGCAAAGAAACAUCUUGCCGGGACCUUUGUCCACAAAAAGUCAUCAAAUACCAAUGUGACAUUUUCAGUCGACCAGGGUCUCGCGGGUCUUGGCCUAAAAGCAUUCUGGGUCGAAGGAAAGGAUAUGAAAAAGCGGGAUCAUCGCCGUUUGUACCCCACAGGCUUGAACUCGGUCUCGCGAUCGCUGGCGUCGCGCUAUCAAACCGCUGGGCAGAUCUGCGUCGCUCAUCGCGUUACAGAGAUGCUCCCGCCUGUCAAGCCUCGUGCGGCGGUGGAAGGAGGCGACGGUGGCCUGUUUGACAACUCUUUCGUGUGGCAAAUUCUAGACUUUGAAAACAACGGCGAUGAAUUUGAACUGUGCCUGACCGAUGGGAAGCUCACGAGCGUUGUAUGGCCGCUCGAAGGGUUGGUCUUGGAGCCCGUGAAAUAA